AUGUCGGCCCUCCGCUCCGCCUUCUCCGCGGCCCGCGCCGCCACCCGCCGCAAUGUCUCGACCUCGGCCGUCGUCCGGUCAGACGCCAUCAUGAUGGACUCGAAGCACAACAACGCCUCGAUCCGCUUCGAGUGGACGCCGGAGAGCCUCGAGCAGAUCAAGACGGUCGUCGCCCGCUACCCUCCCCAGUACAAGAAGGCUGCGGUCAUGCCCGUGCUCGACAUUGCGCAGCGCCAGAACGGCGGCUGGGUCUCGCUCUCGGCCAUGAACGAGGUCGCGCGUACCCUCGAGAUGCCCCCUAUGCGUGUUUACGAGGUCGCCUCGUUCUACACCAUGUACAACCGUGAGCCCGUUGCGCCCAACUUUGUCCAGCUCUGCACCACCACCCCCUGCCAGCUCGGAGGAUGCGGCUCGAACAAGAUCCUCGAGGCUAUUGAGAAGCACCUCGGCGUCACCCCUGGCCACACCACCCCCGACGGCAAGUUCACCUUCAUCGAGGUCGAGUGCCUCGGCGCUUGCUCCAACGCCCCUAUGAUGCAGAUCAACGACGACUACUACGAGGACCUCACCCCCGAGACGGCCGUCAAGGUCCUCGAGGCGCUCGGCAGGGGCGAGAAGCCCAAGGCCGGCCCCCAGUCCGGAAGGCAUACCUCGGAGAACUCGGCCGGCCUCACGACGCUCACGACUCCCCCGUACGGCCCCGGCGACUUCUGCCAGCCCGAGUUCAAGUAG